GGCCAAUGAAGACAGUUAUGGAAGUAUGGAUGUACUAUAGCUUAGAUGCCUGGCAUGCCGAUCAGAGAAACCUCCGAGCCAAUGCCGCAGCCCUGCACCGCGCUCUUUGCUCUGUAUCGUUGUAUCUUCGGCGAGCCGUUGGUUCGUUCACCCUGAACCCCCGUCGUCGGGCGCUUGGGGCGCGCCACCACCCGUUGCCUCGCUUACAAGGAAGAAUGGCAAGGGAAAGGGAGAGAAAAGAGGCCGGGUUGUGUGGCUGUCCAAUCUACGCCGCCUCGCCCCCUUCUUCGCCCUCGCACUCGUCCCCCACCAUAUGUCCGGAUACGAUUCCGCCCGCACAGCCCACACACACACACACAAGGGACAGAUGUAUGCCUCUCUUCGUUCGCCGUGCAUCGGAGAUACAAAAACACAUGCUAGGAUCGGGCCGUUUGCGUGGUGGAUACGCACACGCAAGAGAAAGACAGAAGAAGCUGUCUAGAACGGGUGUGCGUGAGGGUGGAUACCAGGACAUGCGCGCGUGCGUGGGUAGUGAUGCAGUGCAUGUGCGGCUCCGUAGACCGAGACAUGCACGAUGACAGGAAGGCAAGCCGAACGACUCCUUGGACGUGGAAAAUGGGGGAGUUUUCCUUUGUUCGAAUUGUUACG